AUGGCUUCGACGCAAGAUGUCGACAAUGCGGUCGCGCCGGGGGAUGAUGUUACAGGCGGCAACAACGUUGUUCUGGUUCAGGAUGAAAAGAAGUCCUCAGGCAAAGUCGGGGAGCAAGUGGACAUCCUCGAAGCAGAGCCGCAAAAGGCAUACUACAGCAGUGUCUCCGUGUGGCUGAUGGUCCUGUUUUCCGGACUUGCAAUUGGGUCUGAUGGCUACAAUGCUGCAGUGAUUGGCAAUGUCGAGCUUUUACUCGCGGUUCUUUAUCCCGAUGACCUGACAACAACCAUAUAUCAAAGACUCUCGAACGCUUUCCUCAUUGGCAUGAUUGUCGGCAUGAUUCUUUUUGGUGUUGUCAGCGACCAGCUUGGUCGGAAGACAGGCGCCAUUGCGACUACAAUCUUACUGGUGCUUGGCAUAUCUUUGUCCACUGCAGCCAAUGGAACCACCACCACUGGCAUGUUUUGGAUGCUCAUCAUCGCCCGUGGCAUCGCUGGAGUCGGCGCGGGAGGAGAGUAUCCAGUGUCUGGCGCCGGCGCAGCCGAAGCGACUGAUGAAGAUGCCAAGUUUCGCAAAAGACGAGGCUUCAUGUUUGCCAUGCUUGCAGACUUGUCGGCCAGCCUGGGUUACGUUUGGGGGGGCUUGGUCCCAUUGCUUUUGCUACUGUGCGUGGGCCAGCAAGUUUCAAAGUACCACAUCGUUUGGAGAACCUCGUUUGCGUUGGGUAUGGCGCCGCCUCUUCUGAUAUUUUGGUUCAGAAUGCGCAUGGCGGUCUCGACAGCAUACCGGAAAUCCGCACUGCGAAAACAAAGAGUGCCAUACAAGCUAGCCCUGAAACGAUAUUGGCGACCACUCUUAGGCGCCUCCUCGACUUGGUUCCUGUACAACUGGAUUAGUAUCCCGUUCGGUAUUUUCAGUUCGACCAUCAUCUCGAGGGCAAACGUCGAAAAUAGGCUCGUGAAGACGCUCGGAUGGGGCGUGGUAAUCAACUGCUUUUAUAUUCCUGGUCCAUUCAUCGGAGGCUAUCUUUCCGACAGGAUUGGCAGACGCCAAACCAUGGCCCUGGGCUUUACACUGCAGGCAAUCCUAGGUUUCGUUCUUGGAGGCGCAAUGGACCCCAUUCAACGCAUUUUCCCGCUAUUCGUCGUUCUCUACGGCAUAUUCUUGACCCUUGGCGAAGUUGGGCCUGGGAGUACUGUUGUUCUCAUUGCUUCCGAGAGUUUUCCUACGUCCAUCCGUGGUCAAAUGAUGGGUCUCAUCUCAGCUGUUUCAAAGGCAGGAGCUGCUAUCGGAACACAGGUUUUUACCGCGAUCCUCAACAGAUAUACCGCCGACCCUUCAAAGGGUAACCAGGUCGCUUUUCUUAUAGGAUCUGGAUUCGCCGUUUUGGGAGCAAUCAUUGCGCUCUUUGUAAUUCCAGAUACCUCCAGGCAUUUGAACGAUGACGACGAUGCUUGGAAGAAGUAUCUUGAAGACAACGGCUGGGACGCAUUCUGGGGCGACGAGGUCAGCCAGGACCCGUCGGGAGUGGUGAUGAACAAAGCGGUGUCUUGA